UGGUCAUCUGCUGCUCUCUAUACUGGAGACGUUCAGAUAUGGAAUUUUGAAAGCCAAGAACUUGUGAAGUCUUUGAAAGUUUGCGAUUCGCCAGUGCGUGCCGUCAAGUUUUUUCCAAGUAAAACUUGGAUUGUGACCGGGUCAGAUGACAUGCACGUCAAAAUCUACGACUACACCACAUCGCUCCUAAUUCACCAGUUUCGGGCUCACUCAGACUACCUCAGGUGG